AUGCUGGGUAGGGAGGGAGGGUCAGAGGUCGUCGGGGCAGACGGCGUUCUUGCCGCUGGCCCAGUCGCUAUGUAGUGGAGAGGCAGGCUCCCUCCUGCAAGUUCUGGAAGGUUCUUGGGCUCGAUUAGGGCAGAAUCUCCAGGACUCUUAGUCGUCGGCAUCAAGACCUUGCCGGCUGAGCAGUGCCGCCGCCGACGCCAUGUUUGGCUGCUUGGUGGCGGGGAGGCUGGUGAGGAUGGGGCUGGUGGUGUCAAGAAGAGGUGCAAACAGCUGCACAGCAAGUAGCAGAGGAUAAAUUUGUUUUUGACCUGCCUGACUAUGAAAAUAUCAACCAUGUUGUUGUUUUUAUGCUUGGAACAAUCCCAUUUCCUGAAGGAAUGGGAGGGUCUGUCUACUUUUCCUAUCCUGAUUCAAAUGGAAUACCAGUAUGGCAACUCCUAGGAUUUGUCACAAAUGGGAAACCAAGUGCCAUCUUCAAAAUUUCAGGACUUAAAUCUGGAGAAGGAAGCCAGCACCCCUUUGGAACCAUGAAUAUUGUCCGGACUCCGUCUGUUGCUCAGAUUGGAAUUUCAGUGGAACUGUUGGACAGUUUGGCUCAGCAGACUCCAGUAGGCAAUGCUGCUGUAUCCUCAGUUGACUCAUUCACUCAGUUCACACAAAAAAUGUUGGACAACUUCUACAAUUUUGCUUCAUCAUUUGCUGUCUCUCAGGCCCAGAUGACACCAAGUCCAUCUGAAAUGUUCAUUCCAGCAAAUGUGGUUCUGAAAUGGUAUGAGAACUUUCAAAGGCGACUAACACAGAAUCCUCUCUUUUGGAAAACAUAAUUUGAAUAAAAAACUAUAUGAUGGAUCCUGAAAUUUGUCAUGUUUGGAAGAUGACUCCAUUUGAAAGCAAGAAGACAAGAGAAUCAUGAAGCCUAAGUGUAAAAACUGCUUAGUGACUGUGAAACUUAAUUAAAAAUCUUUGUAAAAAAUUAAAAACAUUAAAAAAUAAGAAUACCUUCAUCAUUAAUGAAUUUUUUUCCCUUAAGCUUAGAAUUCUACUCAAAGGCAAAAGUUUGCUUUGGCCAUCAUUCAUUGUUUACUUUAAAAAAAAAAAAAAAAGCCCAUUCAACCCAGUAGAGUGCUAAAUGCCAUUGCACAUAUAAUGAUACAUUUAUUUUUACAGUGGUUUGCUGGAGUACUUAACUUCAAAUCAGUCAUCUCAAAAUUAGGAGACCUUUGAAAAACACCAAAUAUACAUUUCUGGAUAUGGAAAAAUUAUUUUCCAGGACUAUUUAAGGUUGCAGUUUUUGUCAGGACAGGCUAGCUGUCAGUUUUUAUAUUUGCAGUUUCAUAUAUUUCUAUUUGUGUAAUGAAAUUGCCGUGGUUAAAACUAAUGAAUUUUAAUACUGAUAAUGUUACUAGGCAUUUUUAUAUAAAAUAUUGGGUUCAUUACUUCUGAAUAUGGAGAUAAAACCUUUGUGUCUCAUUUAAAAGGUAGUUUUUUGACUGAUUUGUACUGGUGAAGCCCGCUGGCCAGAGACCAACAGGAUUUCACCUGUAAUCAAAGCUAGGUUUAUUAGCCUGCUGCUGAACCAAGGGAGUGUGUACACCAGAGGAACAAUGAAGUAUCCCCAAAGGGAAGGGUACAUGCAAGUAUAGGAGUUUGGGGCCUGUAGUUAGUUUUAGAUUGCCUCGGUAGAUACUGGUGAAAAUUUGGGAACUAGAGGUUGCUGGUGAAGUGCUUUUAGAACAUAUAAGCCUGUGCAGAGUUACUUGUUAAGUCAGUUAGUGGUUUGCUUUGAAACAUGGAUCUAGUUGAGCUAAUGUUGAGAGUUUGAGCUUAGGUAGUUUCUUGCAUUGUCAAAGUUUGGUUAGAUUUAAGCAUUUUGCAGGUUGUGCUCAGUCCUUUGUCGAAGGAUAGAUUGUUAUCUUCUGGAAUUGUGAUUAAUCCAGAUUUGUAUUGCUAUUCACUAGAUUAUGAUUAUGUGUCAGUUUUUCAAUGGUAGUGAUUAGCUUCAGGUCUUCUUAAUGGAUGAUCAUUAUUGAAUUAUGUGACUUGACAAUGGCUACACAACAUCUAAUACUCUUGAUAGAAAGCAUCAACCAGGGCUGUUGUGGUGCAGCAGGUUAAGCCACUACCUGUGAUGCUGGCAUCCCAUUUGGGUGCCACUUUGUGUCCUGGCUGAUUCCUCUGCUUCCGAUCCAGCUCCCUGCUAAUGUGCCUGGUAAAGCAGUGAAGCUUCUGCACACACAUGGGAGACCCGGAAGAAACUCCUGGCUCCUGACUUCUGCCUGGUCCCACGCCCCAUGUUGUAGCCCUUUGGGGAAGUGAACCAGUGGAUAGAAGAUCUCUCUUUCUCUUCCUCUCUGUAAUUCUACCUUUCAAAUAAAUAAAUAAAUCUUUAAAAAUUAAAAAGAAAGCAUCAACCAAUUGUAUUAUAAUUAUCAGAAUUAAAAUAUUUUUGUAUUAAAACUUAUACCCAGGAGUCCAGAUUGCCAAACCCAUGCCUGAAAUACAUGUCCCAAAAUCCAGGUGGGUCUAUUCUACAGAGUUAGGUAACCUCUUCUUUUAGCCAAGUCCGAAUCUGUUCUACCUGUCCAGUGAUUUUUGUAGAGGAAUAAUAGUGUUAACUUAAAGCACCUCUUGACUUGCUAAGGGGAAGCAAAGACUGUGUGUUCAUGACAACCCGGGAUGGCGAAGUUAAACCUGUCUAGUGGGUUUCUAAAACAGAUGAUGAAAGUCAAGCAUUGGAUCACCUUUUCUAGUUGUAUUAUUCUUGCUGUUGGAAUAGUAUCAUGUAUAUUAUAUAUUAAGAGCUAGCUAUGGCUAGCUCUCCUGCAUAGCCUAUCCCUGCCUCACUUUGGAAGUCUGGUUAUCCUUCUCAGAGAAGUGUACACUGAAAAGGAAAGGGGUUUUAAAUACCUAAAAAAACGUUUCUUAAACUUAUUCUAUAUACACAGGAUAAUUGUAUAGGAGGCAGGUGAAAGCUAAGUGUUGAGAUGGGUAUAGUGUAUUGUAGAAAAUACUGGAAAUAUCAUUUGCUGUGCUGCAAACUAUGGUACUUUAUUACAGUAGCUCAAACUCAGACAAAACCUAAGAGAAAUAAGGCAUAUACAAAACCACAAACAUUUGUACAUGUAUGUUUAUAUCAUUCAUAAUCAUCAAGAAAAUGGAAACCGCCCAAAGGUCUGUCAACUGACGUGUAGAUAAUAGUGGUGUAAUCAUACUAAUAUCAGCAAUAGAAAGGGACGAAGUACUGAUUCGUGCUAUGACAUGGAUGAAUCUUGAAAACGUUACGCUAAGUGAAAGAAGCCAAUUACAAAAGACCACACAUUUUCAUGAUUCUAUUUGUAUAAAUAUCCCAAAUAGGCAAAUGGCAGAGACUAAACUAGAUUAAUGGAUGCUUAAUGCUUGUGAGGAUUGAAAGGUAGGGAUUAUCUACUAAUGGGUCUAAGGCUUCUUUCAGGGAGGAUGAAAAUGUUCUGAAAUUAGAUUGUAAUGAUGCACAACACUGAAUAAACAUUGUACACUUCAAAUGGGCGAAUUGUAUAUGACUUACAGUUUUUUAAAUAAAAUGGACAAAUGCUGAAA